CUGAAAUCUCCAUAGAAAAACUCCGGAUUAAGUUGAACAAUGCCUUUACGUUUCCAAUAAGAAUAGCGCCAUUUCGAAAACAGCCAUAUUAAAGAAGUUAUUGCGAAAAAAAUUAGAGAUAUCGUAUACCACACCAUAUUUUUUUUGACUGGUCAAAAAAAAAAAAAUCUCAUUAAGAUUUAUAUGUGCCCAGUUAUUGUUGUAUAUUCUAGUAUUUUGCCUCGUGCCGGAAUCAUUAAGAUAUUAUGCCGAAAAUAGCUUUCAAUGUAAUCAAGAUUUUUUGGAUUUACCUAAUGAAGUGUAUGUAAUUAGGAUUUUUGAUAAAAUAUAUUGUUAUCAUACAAUUGCGUAACCCUAGUCGCAUAUGUUACCUUAAAAUAAAACAUAUUCUUUUCUACGAGCGUGUGGAAAAGUGCACUUUUCCACACGCCGGAGUUUUUCUAUGGAGAUUUCAGGAAUAUGGUUACUUCGAAAGUAUCGGCAACAUCUAUUUCCAAUUGAAAAGUAAAAAACUCGAACUCGAAUAUGGAGGAGUUUACUUAUUAUUCAAUCCAGUUUUUAUCCCAAUGGAUCUUCAGUUAAUCAAAGAUAUAAUGCUAAAAAAUUUCGACCAUUUUCAAAAUAGAGGUGGCUACAAUCACGAAUCAGACAUUUUAACACAGACACUCUCCAGAUUAGGAGGUGAAAGCUGGAAACAGUUGAGAGCCAAGCUUACUCCAACUUUUACUUCAAGCCGAAUAAAAAUGAUGUUUGAAACUUUAAACGAAAAAACAUUUUUCUGCCCGAUUCACUACCGACGUUAUUGCCUUUUGUGGUUUUGGCAUCGAAUGCGAUUCACUGACAAAUCCGGACUGCGAUUUUAGAUUUUACGGUAAAAAAACUAAUACUCCACGUCCGAUGAAAAAUUUGUUGGAGAAUGUCUUUCCAACGAAAUAUUGGAUACAAAAGCUUUGGAGACGUGGAGGAAUUUUUCGUUAAUAUUGUAUUAAAAACCAUAGAGCAUAGAGAGAAAAAUCAGGUAUUUAGAAAGGACUUUAUGCAUUUAUUACUUCAGCUGCGUAACAAAAACUUAUUUUCUGACGAUGGCAAACUCACCAAAGAAAAUAACGAAACUGGUACUUUCACGGACGACGAAAUCGUAACUCAGUGUUUCAUUUUCUUUGUCGCUGGAUUUGAUACGUCUUCGUUGACCAUGACGAUGGCCCUGUAUGAAGCUACUAAAAAUUCCGAGAUGCAGGACAAAAUGAGAGAUGAAAUACCUACGAAAGAAAAGUAUGAUGGAGAAUUGACGUAUGAAGCUGCAAAAGAGCUGGAGUAUGUUGAAAAAGUAGUCUCAGAAACUUUGAGGAGAUACCCUGUUGCACCUUCGAUUCAAAGGGUUUGUACCAAAGAUUACACAAUGCCUGGAACAGAUAUUGAAAUAGAAAAAGGUACACACGUUCAAAUUCCGGUUAGGGGCUUUCAUAUGGACCCCGAAUAUUAUCCAAAUCCAGAAGUAUUUGAUCCAGAACGUUUUAGUAAUGAGGAAAAAGCCAAAAGUCGCAUAUGUUACCUUAAAAUAAAACAUAUUCUUUUCUACGAGCGUGUGGAAAAGUGCACUUUUCCGCACGCAUUUUAG